AUGCCGCUAGUAUCUACUGUGGCAUGGAAUGAUGAUGUUAAGUUGCAUGACGAUCAGUCCGGUUUCUGGAAUACUCUCCCAAUUUCAGAUGAUAUUGCUGUUAAACAUGCGUUGUCCAAUUCUAGAAUCUUAGAAGCAACUUCAUAUGGACUAGGAAAGCUGACGGCAACUUUAACGUAUAGUACUGGGGUAGAUGGAACCAAGGAGGUUCUCGCUUCUAUGCUUUUUGGUCUAUUUAUUCAGUUUUUAUGUCUAUCUCCUUCCUUCAUUGAUUGUAGAGUCCUUGAGCAGGUAUUUGAUUCUCCUCACUUAAAAGUACUGGUGGGCAAAAGGAUCCGACGACGUUUAGAUGCUAAAUCCAUUGUCCAGUUGCUUAAGAGUUUUGAUGCUCCCGUUGGGACUACUGCAUAUGUAGAGCAAUCAAUACCUUUUCCUCAAGAUGGUAAACAGGGAUGGUGGGGUGGAGGAUUUGGAUAUGGACUGUGGAUUGGGAUCUUAGUUGCAUCAGGGUUUUCUGUUGUUCCUGUGCCAUCUUCUGUAUGGAAGAAUGAGCUCAAACUCUCCGGAAACCGCUCAAGUAAGGAUGAUAGCAGGGAAGCUGCAUCCACAUUAUUUCCAUCUAUGAGUUCCCUGUUGAAAAGGAAGAAAGAUCAUGGUCGAGCUGAGGCACUACUCAUUGCUGCUUACGGCAAAGGCAUGAAGAUCAGCACCAAUUCAUCAUCCAUCUCAGAAGAAUUGAUGUCUUAAAACAGGCAAAUUGGCCACAACCCACUCCUUUCUUUUGUCACAUCCUUCAGUUGUUGCUUCUUUUCUUCUCUGCAAAUGCUACAAAAUGAAGAGCAACAUGAAUAGCGACAAAAAGUAGUUGAUGGUUUGGUAUUGUAUAAUUCUCACAUUAGACUAACUGCGUUAGAUAUUUCACUAGUUUUAGUUUUUAGCUUUUUAUCUUUUUUGCCAUUGUCAUUUUUUUUCUUCUUUUUGGGAUUGCUUCAUGGAGAUUAGCUGACUGAUAGUAUUAUUGAUACUUCUUGUGGGAUUUAAACUUCCCAAUUGUGAUCCUUCUUUGUAACCUAGUAUGUGUAAUUGUUAGAUGAAUAUCUAAAUUCUGAUGGAAAUUUGAGGUUCUCUUGGAAACA